AAUAGUAAAAGUUCAAAUGGCAAGAGAUAAAUAUUUUCUGUGAGUGUAAAUAUUUAACCCGGCAUAUUUUAGAACAGCCCUAAAAGUUGGUCGUCUGUUUUGAUAGCACAAUACCGCAGCGAACCUUCUGGAGCGCAUUUCUCAUUUUAUUUUGUUGUCACUGUCAGUCACUUUAUAAAACAGAGGAAAAAAUUAAAUGUUGGAAAAAUAUGUGUCGGAUAGAGGGAUUAUGAAAAAGGUACAUACAAUUCAAAGGUACAAUAUUGCAGGAUUUCUGUGGAAUCUCUACGUUUUCUUUACGUUAUGUUUUCAUUAUUUAAUUUUCAUAUAGAGUAAUUUUAAUUAUUUCUUCUAUUCUUAAUUAUUAUGUAUGACGUUCUUUCAAAAACAAAAACAAACGGGAAAAAGGUUGUCGUCCCUUUAUCGUAAACUGCCGCUUACCGCCGUUUAUUUUACGACAGUUGACGGUUGUCAACUUCCAAAUGCGCACUCUUCCGUCCUCGCUAUUAUUUCGUCUUACUUUCAACAAACAAAAAGCAUUUCUCGUCACGGCAUAAACGGUCUUUUAUGUCCAGUAGCUGUCGUCUCUAUCGAAACAAAAGGACGGGAAACAGAAAUACUCACAAAACAGCUUUACGUUCGUCGUAAAGGCGAAUGACAACAAGGAUCGUGUUCACUAUUUCAAGUCACUACCGGCGUGUUUAAAGAACGUUUUCUUCACUCACCAAUCAUGUCAACGCCACUGUCAAAGCCUCAGAUGAUUGUUCAUAUCCAGAAGAGCCUGAAUUAUACAGUUUUCGACAGUAAAUGGAUUCCUUGCAGCGCAAAGUUCGUCUGCAUGGGAAACUUCGCCAGAGGAACUGGAGUCAUGCAAAUAUAUGAGGUUCAGCGUGGAGAUGCUCUGUUGAUCAAGGAGGUGGAGAAACCUAAACCCAUUAAGUGUGCGACAUUUGGAGCCACCUCUAUUCAACAAAGACACAUGGCCACCGGGGAUUUUGAUGGAAAUCUUCACAUUUGGGAUCUGGAGAAUUCUCAGUGUGGCCUUUUUCUUAUUUCAUAUAAUGACCGUUGGACUUCCUUUGGCUUUUUCAUGACAGGCCAUGCCUUCAACGAACAGGAUCGCUGUGUGUGUGCUGGAUACGACAACGGGGACAUUAAACUCUUUGACCUGCGCAACAUGUCUGUUCGAUGGGAAACCAACAUUAAAAAUGGGGUUUGCUGUGUGGAGUUUGACCGGAAAGACAUCGACAUGAACAAGCUGGUGGCCACUUCCCUGGAGGGAAAAUUCCACGUCUUCGACCUCAGGACCCAGCACCCCACCAAGGGUUUUGCCUCAGUUUGUGAAAAGGCUCACAAGUCGACCAUCUGGCAGGUCAAGCAUUUGCCUCAAAACAGAGAAAUCUUCAUGACGGCAGGAGGAGCAGGAAACCUCCACCUGUGGAAAUAUGAGUAUCCUCGUCAGAGAUGCAAAAAAGAGUCCAAUGGCGUGGAAGUGGGCGUCGCCGGCACUGUCAACCUUUUACAGAACGUGACGGUGUCCACGCAGCCAAUCGCCAGCUUGGACUGGAACACUGACAAACGGGGGCUGUUUUUGUGUUCAGGCUUCGACCAGACUGUCCGUGUUCUCAUCGUUACCAAACUGAACCUGGUGUGAAGAAGUCCCUGACCUCAGAACAGCACAGGAAUGACACGUUUACAGAGGCGUUGAAGUCAGGGUCAAGACUUUAAGGGUUGGAGGAUGAUAACAAGACGGAUGUUGAAGAAGAAGAAAGAACAAUGACCACAGUAAAAUAUAAAAACAAAUUGAAGGAUAAGCAGAAAAAAAUAACAAAAUGUUAACUCCUGGGUGGGAGAGUAGAUGGUACAAUAAUAAUGGGUGUAGCCGUCAGGUUGCAAAGAUAACAGUUACCAGAAGUGUUUGAAUAUUAGAAGCAACUCUGUGUUGUUGUGAAUUGAGGAUGCGAAGCAACGGCCGUUUCUGAAUUUAAAUUGACAAUCCCAUUUAGUAGAAAACAAAUAAUAAAGCAUCACCUGAAAUGUUGCACAUGUAGAAACUCUGUGAUCGACAGUUCAGGUCUGUGUUGGUGUAAAAUGUGUUUGUAGAUUUGUGCCAAUUUAUAAAUUGUCCCAGAUGACACAUGUUGAACUUUA